AUGAAUCCCGCCGAUGUAGCAACACGACCCAAUAUUUCUGCUGAAAGUGCUCAACGUUGGUUGAUAGGUCCAGAUUUUUUAUACAGCGAUCCAAUGUACUGGCCGAGAAAUACACAAAAAGACAACGAGUUAGAUACACACAUUCAAGUUGUCGCGGGCCGGGAGGAUCCUUCGGAAACAGAGCCACAAGAAUAUACAAUAGAUAGCUCCGAACAACAAAUAGAAACUCACUCUCAAAUAAAUGAAAACAUUCCACAGACAGUUCAGCGUACUGCGGUCAUUGAAUCAAUGGAAGUCGAUAAAAACCAUUUAACAUCAGAUUAUAGUUUGACAAAUAUUUCAAAUAAUCACAUUGAUCAGAUCCGACAAGUUCAGAAGGAAUGUUUCUCGAAGGAACUUACGGGUAUGAAGACAGAUCUUGUGAGAGCUCUUGACGUGUACAAAGACGAGGACGGUAUACUCAGAUGUCGUGGGAGACUACAGAAUACAGAUUGGUCGCAUAGCCAGAAACACCCGAUAUUAUUACCUAAAGAUCACGCUUUCACAUCAAAGAUAAUCGAGGAUGCACACCGGAGAAAUUAUCACGUAGGAGUGUCUCAUACUCUUGCUAUUAUUAGAAAACAGUACUGGAUACCCAGAGGUAGAAUGCAAGUACAAAAACUUCUCAGACAGUGUCCAGCAUGUAAGAAAUACUCAGGAGGUCCUUAUAGAUUGCCACCCAUGGCCCCAUUACCACCCGAAAGAGUCACUUAUAGUGAACCAUUCUCUUACGUAGGUCUUGAUUAUUUUGGGCCCGUGUUGGUGGAUAAGAAUGGUUGUUUGGAGAAACGUUGGAUUUCCUUAUACACCUGUUUAGCUGUGAGAGCUAUACAUAUGGAGCUCGUAAAAGAUUUGACUGCAGAGGAGUGUUUGUUAGGAUUAAGGAGGUUUGUUUCCUCUAGAGGCGUCCCCAAAUUAAUCAUCUCAGAUAACGCUCUGCAAUUCAAACUUGCAGCCGAUGUCCUCACUGGGGAUUACUGUGUAACGAAUCGAAUAAAGUGGAGAUUUAUUCCGGAACUCGCGCCCUGGUUCGGCGGAUUUUACGAAAGAUUGAUCGGUAUUGUCAAGAACUGCUUAAAGAAAACAGUCGACAAACAUAUGUUAAAUCAUUCUCAGUUAGGUACGAUUAUUAAGGAAAUUGAGGCGGUUGUAAAUUCACGGCCACUUACUGUAGUCGGUGAAGAAUUAGAGCACGUUUUAACACCUGCAGAUUUCCUACGAACAGGUGGUCCUUCUAUACUUGUAACUUCAGAUAAGGAGUUCUUAGAAUCAGCUACGAUCACAAAAUCCAAUUUGGUCGAGGGCUGGAAAAGAGGUCAACAUAUUUUGAGGGAAUAUAUUGACUAA